CAGUAGCCUUGGGGACUCUGGCCACUGCCUCUGUCUGGAGUGGGCUGCCAAGGGCAGCCUCCUGGUCCCUCCUCUCACCCUGCUGCGUCAGGACAACGCCCACCACCCACCCACCGGGUGGCUGUGACCCUGCAGGUGACACAACAAGACACGCCCUUGGCCAAGUUAAAACAAUCAACCCAGAGCUGGCCCAGACUUGAUGGGACUGUCGUUUGGUGCUGGAGCCAGUGCUGCUGGCAGCCAGCAUGUCAGCCGUGGUCGUGGAGGGCAGAGGCUUCGGCCGAAAAUUCUCGGACUUUGGACAGGAAACGAGCUACAUUGAGGACAACUCGAGCCAACACAGUGCCAUCUCCCUGAUCUUCUCCCUCAAAGAAGAAGUCGGUGCACUAGCCAGAGUCUUGCGCUUGUUCGAGGAGAAUGACAUCAACCUGACUCACAUCGAAUCCAGGCCGUCGCGCGUAAACAAGGACGAGUACGAGUUUUUCACCCACCUGGACAAGCGCAGCGUGCCCGCCCUGCCCAGCAUCAUCCAGAGCCUGCGGCAGGACAUCGGCGCCACUGUCCACGAGCUCUCCCGGGAGAAGAAGGAGGACACCGUGCCCUGGUUCCCAAGGACCAUCCAGGAGCUGGACAGAUUCGCCAACCAGAUUCUCAGCUAUGGGGCGGAGCUGGAUGCGGACCACCCGGGCUUCAAGGAUCCCGUGUACCGAGCACGACGGAAGCACUUUGCUGACAUUGCCUAUAACUACCGCCAUGGGCAGCCCAUCCCCCGCGUGGAGUACACGGAGGAAGAGAAGAAGACCUGGGGGACGGUGUUCAGGACCCUGAAGUCCUUGUAUAAGACGCACGCGUGCCACGAGCACAAUCACAUCUUCCCGCUUCUGGAGAAGUACUGUGGCUUCCGCGAAGACAACAUCCCGCAGCUGGAAGAGGUCUCCCAGUUCCUGCAGACCUGCACCGGCUUCCGCCUGCGGCCCGUGGCUGGCCUGCUGUCCUCUCGAGACUUCCUGGGCGGCCUGGCCUUCAGGGUCUUCCACUGCACGCAGUACAUCAGGCACGGGUCCAAGCCCAUGUACACGCCUGAGCCGGACAUCUGCCACGAGCUGCUGGGCCAUGUGCCCUUGUUUUCGGAUCGCAGCUUUGCCCAGUUUUCCCAGGAAAUCGGCCUUGCUUCACUGGGCGCCCCUGAUGAGUACAUCGAGAAGCUGGCCACCAUCUACUGGUUUACUGUGGAGUUUGGGCUCUGCAAACAAGGAGACUCCAUCAAGGCCUACGGCGCUGGGCUCCUGUCCUCCUUCGGGGAAUUACAGUACUGCUUGUCGGACAAGCCGAAGCUCCUGCCCCUGGAGAUGGAGAAGACGGCAGUGCAGCCGUACCCCGUCACCGAGUUCCAGCCCGUCUACUACGUGGCUGAGAGUUUCAGUGAUGCCCAGGAGAAAGUGAGGAACUUCGCUGCCACCAUCCCCCGGCCCUUCUCAGUUCAUUACAACCCCUACACCCAGAGGAUCGAGGUCUUGGACAACGCCCAGCAGCUGAAGAUCCUGGCGGACUCCAUCAACAGUGAAGUUGGAAUCCUUUGCAGUGCUCUGCAGAAAAUAAAGUGACCCUGCGGACAGAACUCAGUGUCAGCUGAGGAUCCGGGGAUGGAACCCCAACAUUCCUGCCACCCAAAAACUCUGAAAAGCAAACCUUAAUUUCAAAUAACAGCUUUGAGUCUCUUGGGGACCAAAGUGGAGGAUCAACAAAUAAGAAAAUGAAUCUGAAAUCAUAGUUCAUCACACUUCUGUCAAGAGCUAAUGAUGGAUCCGGGGUGUCCUCUUUGAUCUAGAGAUGAUCGUGUCAUACUUUCCGUUCAGCCCCAGCAGCAGCCUGUUUCUUUCAUCAAGGUUAAUUAAAAUUUGGGAGCUUCCAUUUUCAGGUUUCCUUUGUUACCUGCCCUAGCGAACUCCUGAAGGAGCACAUGCAGCUAAAUGCAAAAUACAGAACUUUUAUUGGAAUUGAAUUAUCUGACAGAGUAAAUCUUAAUCUACAAAGUUCAUUUUCUAUUUUCACUAACUGUGAUUCCAGUUAUGGCUUUGUUACUAUGCUUAUGUAAAUUUUCUUUAAUCUGAGAACCCAUUAAAAUAGUUACAAACAUUAAAUUUUUCCAGCAUGACUCAAAA